UUUAAUCAUUAACCCAUAUAAAAGUGCCAAAUUAAACUGGCGACUAAAGUGGGUUUCAUCAACCUUGUCCAUAAAUGAAAAUUUAAAAAUCAAAAGAGGAUCUCCAAAACUUCAAAUUAAUUUCUAUCAAAUUAUUAAUUAAUUAUCAAUCAAUUUUGUGAUUUCGGAAAAUUGUGUUACACGACAGUCAAAACGUCGAUGUUCAAUAAGAAUAAAUUAAUAUUGAAUUUAGCAAUAUUAAUUUGGAGUACCCUAUAAAUUUGUGAGUCAUUCAAAUUUUGACAACUGUCAAAUGUUGUUUUUGUUUUGGUUAAUUGAGUCAGUGCGGAACUUAAAAAUUUGACUAUUGAAAAUGAUGUGGAAGAGGUAAAGGCCGAAAUACUAUAUUUACGGAUAGAAGCUUUUGGAAGAUUCGUUUUUAUAUGCAAACUAGUGGAUCAGAUUAGAGAUAACAUUUCUCAAAAUAUGGAAUUAUGUCACGCCAAAAACUGAACAUAAAUACAAGAUCUACUUGAGUCUGCUACUUUUUAAUUUAUCUGAAAACGAAUAUCAAGAUCGGAUGCAAGUAUGUAAUAUUAACAUUAUCAAUUAUACCAAGUUAAGGAUACGUCAUAAGUUCAAUACUGAAUGUAGUAUAAUGCAGUGGGAAGUGCCCCAAGAGUGUAAGCGGUACCUCAAACAUUGCCGCAGCUUGAAAAAAAUAUUAGAUGACACGACUUCAGCGUUAAAUGAAAUAAAUAGCACUCUGCAGUUAGGCCGUGACAUUCCAGAGGCACUUUUUAACUCAGAAGCCAUAGAUAGGCUUCUUCAUUACAUUGAACGGAUUCCAACUUUACUUAUUUAUGGUCAAUCUUGUCAUGCUAAAGCGUUGUUUGUUAAUUUGUUAUUGCAACAAUCAAUUUUACCAUUAUUUUGUUCUCAAUGGCGUCAAAUAACCUUCUCCUAUGGCCCUGCGAAAAGUAUUCAUCUUACAUUGGGGAAUGAAAUAGAAAUUGUUGAAAAUCUCAAGGCACAUGAGAAGCCUUGGGUGACAGUCCCAGUAGAAGAUUUGCAAAGGGGCGAUGAUGAAAAUUUGCUUGAUCAUUGUCCAUCAUUAGAAGUACAGUUAAAGCACCCUCUGUUAAAGGAAAAAUUAAAAAUUAUGGUACCUCCUGAUUGUCCUAGCAAUCAGUUUAAUGAACUUGCUCUAAAAUGUGUCGACAUCCUACCUGCGAUAAUUUAUGCUGUAACAGAAGAAACUUUAAGUGAUACUAACAUUCAAGAAAUAAGGAAGUUGAAAGAUAUUUUUCCAAUGCCUUUCUUAUUUGUGAGCUUGUCAAACGGUGUUAAUAUGGAAAAAGCAAUAUCCACAUCUUUGACAGAAUCCGAGAAACAUCUAGCUGAAAGUUGUAGUUUACAAAAUAAUGAAACGAAACUACAAAUUUUAAAAGAUCAACUGGUUCGUUUAGGUUACAUUAACAGCGAAUCAGAUUCAGAAAAUAUUGAUAUUUCUGAAGGUAAAAAAGCAUUUCGUCUGCAUUAUUCCUUGGAAAAUAUUUUAUUAUCCGAUAAAGCGGUGGCUGAGGAAUUUAUAAUGUUUAUUAAGGAUAUCUUAAAGUCCAACAUCCUAAAGCUUGCGGCGUCUCUAAGCGAGAUACACAAUAAAUGUUUAAAAAAAUUUAUUCUAUGUGCAUUUGAUAUGGCUCGCGAAAUCCAGAUCACCCCAAAACGUAUCUUGUAUGCCCGAGACGUGGAGUUGAAACUGUAUAAAACCUUGAUAAAAAUUACCAGUGAGCAACAAGACGAAAUAACAUCAAUUAUACAAAGGACUUUACAAGAAAUGAAGUCGAACGUUGCCGAAGUCCUGGAAGGCUACAAUAGCAACAGUGAGUGUGCCUUUUCUUUAGAUAACCAAAUGGGAGCAAUCAUUAUUCCAGAUACUACUCAGUUGUCUCCUAAAGUUGCCACACUUGAGAUCCAGCAAUUGGUAUUAAAACGCCUGAGUUCAUCAAUUGGUAAUCAAAUUGUUCAAUCGGUGGGUUGUCUUCAAGAAAGUUUUACCGGCACCCUGCAACGGUGUUUGGAAAGUCUGGAGAAAAAUUGUCACGAUCUCGAAGGAAAUCUUUCCGCGUCCGAUGCCGUUAAACAAAUUAUAAGUGCCACAUAUUAUAUCGACAUUAAAAGUCCCACCUCAUUUUCAGUGGUCCAUAAUUUUAUGGACCGGUUGCGGACAUUAUUGGGCACUUUCGCGUUGCCCUGGUCUUCAGGAAAUCAUGUUCAGUGUAAUUUGCAGUGGCAGCUCCAAGUCGUUACGAAUAUGAUUGAUUCAUUGACCGCUGCCAAACUUGCAAAAACCGUUUCUACACAGUUUCAAGAGCAUAUAAAUUCGUCGCAUCACGCGUUCCAAUCGGCCAUGAGAAAUUUAGAAAGUCAGCUAUCGGGACAACUGGUGCAAACGGAGGAACAGAGAAUUGCGAUUCGUAAAAAGCACGCCCCCAGAUUUGCCCGUUUGGCUUUAGAAAGCACGUCCCUUUGCGAUCUCGUUCUGUGGGGUAUGCCUAAACAAAUAAAGGAAAUCGGCCGAGGGCAAUACGGGGUAGUUUCUUCUUGCGAACCUUGGGCGAAUAUUAAACCUUGCGCUUUCAAAUCAGUCGUCCCUCCAGACGAAAGACACUGGAACGAUUUGGCGAUGGAAUUUUAUUAUACCAGGGCGAUUCUGGAACAUCCUCGGAUAGUGAAACUUCGUGGCUCCGUAAUAGAUUACACAUACGGAGGAGGCAGUUCUCCCGCGGUACUCUUAAUUAUGGAGAGGAUGACUCGCGAUUUAUAUUGCGGACUGCGUAAUGGAUUAUCGUGGAUUGCGAGAUUGCGAAUCGCUAUUGAUGUCGUGGAGGGUAUCAGAUAUUUGCAUUCGCAAGGAUUGGUGCAUCGAGAUAUUAAAUUGAAAAAUGUUUUGCUGGACAAUGAAGACAGGGCGAAAUUGACGGAUUUCGGAUUUUGCAUACCCGAGGCCAUGAUGUCGGGUAGCAUAGUAGGCACCCCGGUCCAUAUGGCUCCAGAGCUGCUUAGCGGGAGAUACGAUUCUAGCGUAGACGUUUACGCGUUCGGAAUAUUAUUUUGGUAUCUUUGCGCGGGUCAAGUUCGGCUGCCCACGCACUUUGACCAAUUCCAAAACAAAGAACAGCUGUGGAACAGCGUCAGGAAAGGUAUUCGACCGGAAUGUUUGCCGCAAUUCGACCGAGCCUGUUGGAAUCUCAUGGAACAGUGUUGGGCCGCGGAACCAUCUGACCGGCCUCUGUUAGGUUAUGUACAGCCCUACCUUGAGUCACUUUAUAAGAGUGCUCGAAAUGAAGAUUCCUAGUCGGAAGAGGAUUUGGAAUCAUAGCAAUUUUUUGUAUCUCUGUAAAUAGUUGGUAAAUUAUUUUUCUAUCUCGAAUUUAUAUCUAUUAUAUUAUGUUGGUAUUUUUAAUAAAAAGGUAUCAAAACGAAA